AUGGUCGACCCUACCGCCAACCACUCUUCUGACGAGACUUCAUCGAUCUAUCACUCAUGCAAGUCACGCUCUCUGGACAUGUCGAGCCCCUCGUCUUCGGACGUCGACAUCAAAAAACUCUUACGCCCAUCACUCAGCAAUGGCGGUGACCAAGAGAAUGACCAAGCUGAGCAACACGCUCGUCGCGCCGGCGUCGUCUUUCGCCAUCUUACCGUUCUGGCUAAGGCCACGGCCGCCGUCGAGCAGGGUACAAGUGGCGAUCUUAUCUUGAGCCCUCUUCGAGCUCUCCGGCGCUUGGUUUCCACCCGCUGGUCGUCAAAGCAAGCCACACAACAGCCGCGAGCUCUGCUUGACGGUAUCGAUGGAUGCAUUCGGCCCCGAGAAAUGCUCCUUGUGCUUGGUCGACCUGGCGCGGGCUGUUCCACCUUUCUGAAGGUGCUGGGCAACCAUCGAGAUGGUUACGCCGAAAUCUCCGGAUCAUUGACAUUUGGCGGCGUAGAAGGACGGGCGCUGAGUUCCGAAGAGAGUAGUGCUGUCACCUACAACCCUGAGGAUGACUUGCAUUUCCCGACGCUAAACGUAAAGCAGACCCUGAAUUUUGCUAUACAGAGCAAGACCAGACGCUCAGAGCGCCAGGACUACAGCUCGUAUCUUCGCGAGACUCUGGAUGGACUAGUGCGUUUAUUCUGGAUCCAGCACACGCUUUUUACAAAAGUUGGCAAUGCUUAUGUGCGAGGAAUAUCCGGUGGAGAAAGGAAACGAGUCACGAUUGCGGAAGGGUUAGUGACCAAGUCCGCGGUCCAGAUGUGGGAUAAUUCCACUCGAGGAUUAGAUUCAAGCAGCGCGCUGGAGUACAUCGCCGCCCUUCGCUCUCUUACCGACGGUGCCGGAAUCUCCACCGCUGUUGCCCUUUAUCAAGCAGGCGAGACGUUGUACAAAUACUUUGACAAGGUUAUACUCUUAGACGAGGGCAAAUGCCUAUACUUCGGACCAGCAUCAGAGGCACGCCAAUACUUCGUGGACCUGGGCUUCCAGAGUCCUGAGACACUGACUACAUCGGACUUCUUGAUAUCCAUGGCGAAUCCACACGAGAGGCGCGCUCGAACGGGUUUCGAAGACUGCAUUCCGCGGACGCCCGAGCAAUUCCGAUCGCGAUACCGCGAGAGUGAUAUUCGUGCCCGCAACCUGCUGGAUAUGGAGUCGCUUGAGACACAAAUACAGACGCGCGAUAUGGAUUCGCACAACGCCCCCGGGAAGGGACUGAAGCAUGGACGUGCGAAGACGAGAUACGCAGUGCCUUUCUGGCGACAAGUGCUCAUCUGCGUUCGACGCAACUUGCAGAUUUUGUGGGGAGACAAAGCCUCGCUGUUUGGAAAAUGGGGAGGCAUCGUCUUCCAAUCUCUGGUUAUUGGCAGUCUGUUCUACGACACUCCCAGUACAUCUAGUGGUGUCUUUCUUCGAGGCGGAGUCAUCUUUUUCCUGCUUCUCUUCAAUCUGGCUCUGGCAGGCUCUGAGACGAUGGCAGGCUUUGAGGGAAAGCCGAUUAUGCUAAAGCAUAAAAGUCUUGCUUUCCAUCGUCCUGCAGCUCUAGCAGUCGCCCAAUUCCUGGUGGAUAUACCUAUUAUACUGGGACAGAUACUGCUCUUCGAAGUUGUCAUUUACUUCUUGACCGGCUUAGGGAGGACCGCCUCCCAAUUCUUCCUCUCGGUGUUUUGCCUCUGGCUUACUACCUUGGUCAUGUAUGCACUGAAUCGUGCUAUUGCCGCGGUGUUCCAGUCCCAGGAUAUGGCCAUGGGCUUUGCAGGAACCACCCUCCAGCUGCUCAUAUUGUACAUCGGGUACAUUAUCCCACCGCAGAGCAUGCACCCCUGGUUCAAGUGGAUCACGUACGUCAAUCCGCUUCAAUAUGCCUUCGAGAUUUUGAUUGCAAACGAAUUUGCGCAUCGCGACAUUCCUUGCGUUCCUCCAUCGCUGGCUCCUUACGGCCCGGGGGCCGUUCCUGGCUCGCAGGGUUGUGGAGUUGGCGGCAGUAUCAUAGGAGACACCAUUGUCUCUGGACAGGCCUAUGUUCAUUCUCUCGGGUACUCCUAUUCCCAUGUGUGGAGAAACAUCGGGAUUCUCUGCGGCUUUUGCGCUUUCAAUCUCUUGAUGAUGGUCAUUGGGAUGGAGACCUCGCGGCCAGCCAUGGGCGGUGCUUCACUCAGGCUGUUCAAGAGAGGGCACCUUCCAGGCUCAAAGCAAGAUGAUCACUCGCAGCUCACUUCGACCGACGAGGAAAAACAAACAUCUUCCGGGCAGGGUCCGAUAUCCGCUUCCUCAGCAAUCGAAAAUCCCAUCUCCGAGCGAACAACUGGUGUUAACAACGCCUUCGCAUUCCGCAACAUUAAUCUGACUGUGCGGACAUCGGGCGGUCCCAAGCAACUCUUGAAAUCUCUUGACGGCGUCGUCGGAGGCGGACGUCUGACUGCUCUCAUGGGCUCCUCAGGAGCCGGUAGGUCCCUCUUGGUCGUAUCCUUAUGUCAUCCACUAAGAUGUGGUAGGCAAAACAACACUCUUGAAUACGUUGGCACAGCGGAGCAUCAAAGGUGGAAAACUUGAAGGGUCAGUGUGUCCGCUUGUCUCCAUGUCUCUGAACAAGUGGUGCUAACUGGCAAUAGGGAGAUUCGCUUGAACGGCGAACCACUACUCAAAUCUUUCAGAAGGAAGGUUGGCUACGCCGAGCAGAUGGAUCUUCACGAAGAGACGAGCACAGUACUGGAAGCAAUCCGCUUCUCAGCGCUUUUGCGGCAGCCUGCGUGCAUUCCCGUUACGGAGAAAUAUGCAUACUGCGAACAAGUCAUUGACAUGCUUGAGCUCCAUGGCGUUGCUCAUGCCGUCAUUGGAACUAAUGAUCGCGGCCUCAAUCCAGAGACAAGGAAGAUAGUAACUAUCGCCGUGGAGCUCGCCGCGAAGCCGGAGACGCUAUUCUUCCUAGAUGAGCCGACUUCAGGGCUUGAUUCGGCUGCUGCAUUCAACGUCGUUAGAAUGUUAAGGAAGCUCGCGGACUCCGGUCUGGCUAUCUUAUGCACAAUACACCAGCCGUCAUCCAACCUUCUCGGGCUGUUCGAUGACCUGCUCUUGCUGGGAACCGGCGGGCGGUGCGUGUACAAUGGCCCUCUAGGUCAGGACUGUCGUGAGAUGAUCGACUACUUCGAAGCGUUGGGCGCAGCCGAAUGCAACUUAGGAGAGAACCCGGGUGAGUUGAUAGUUUGAACAUGCAAGAGGGUCAUUUGCUGAUACGCCGCGACUGAUAGCCGAAUACAUGCUCACUACGAUUGGUGCCGGCGAUCCAAGCUACCGUGGUCCUGACUGGGCCGACAAGUGGGCAUUAUCAGACGCACGCAAACGUAUGAGUGUUCGACUCGAGCAUGCGAUGCGGUCUUCGCCACCAUCAGCACAGACGCCGACCGCUCCGCUUUCGGAAGAUCUAACGUACUACGCUACGUCUCUUUUGACACAGACCCUUGCAGUCCUCAAGCGCGCCUUCGUAGCCCAGUGGCGGAAACCUGAAUAUGUAUACGGGAAGAUCAUCAUGCACGUGGUAGGUGGCCGUAUCUGGCAAUCAAUGCCACCAAAGCUAUCUGCUAAUUCCUGCGUGAACAGUCGUGUGCUCUCUUUAACGGCUUUUCAUUCUACAAGAUUGGAUAUUCCAGCCUGGACAUGCAAUCUCGAAUGUUUAGCAUUUUUCUGGUGCUGGCCGUGGCGCCACCAUUGAUCCAACAGCUUCUGCCUCCAUUCCUGCAAUCACGGCGGAUCUUCGAGUGCCGCGAGAACCAGUCUCAGAUGUAUUCCUGGCUUGCUUGGGUAAUCGGGGCCAUAAUCACCGAGCUGCCACUCUCCAUAUUCGCGGGAACGCUAUAUUUUGUCUCCUGGGUAAUUACGUCCUCACUCGACAUCAUGUACAAAGCUGACCCGUUUGACAGUGGUUCUGCAGCCUGGGCUUCUCGCAAAAUGGGAACGCCGCAUCAAGCUAUAUGUGGUUGAUGAUUCAGAUCUACGAACUCUACUACAUAUCUUUCGGACAAAUGUUCGCAGCCUUUGUGUCAAGCGAGAUGCUUGCUUCACUGCUCAGCACCGCCUUCUUUCUCUUCAUCCUGAGUUUCUGCGGAGCCUUUGUUCCAACCAACGCCAUUCCAUCCUUCUGGCGUUCCUGGAUGGUCUGGAUCGAUCCAUACCACUACAUACUGGAGGGAAUGCUGUCUGUCGCCGUUCACGACCUUCCCGUCAUCUGCAAGCCCGAUGAAUUCUCCCGGUUCUACCCUCCGCCUGGGCAAUCCUGCGAGAGCUACACUGCACCCUUCAUAGCUGAAGUGGGUGGAUACGUGCAGACUACCGCGCAGGGACUUUGUGAGAUGUGCCAGUAUUCUAGCGGAGACCAAUAUGCGGCCGGAUCGAACAUCUUCUACCAUCAUCGCUGGAGAGAUGCGGGCAUUGCUCUCGCCUUUGUGGCUUUCAACUUCUCCAUCGUGCUGCUGGCCACGUGGCUGAGAUUCGAGGGGGGGAGGAUGAUAGCCGGCGUCACCAUGGGAAGGCUGAAACCGACGCCUUCUCCUUCACACACGCCGGAUGAAGACGAUGGACAAUCGAGCCUGUCUGGAGGGCCUGCGACGGACAGUCAAUUGGCUCCUCUCGACUUUGGCGAUGAGGCGCUAUUCGAUGUCGAAGCUAACAUUGCAAGAGCUUAUUUCUGA